GAGGGGCGGCGCGUGCCGCGGGGGGCGCGGCUGGCACCGGAGCGGGGAGGCGGCGCCGGGCAUGGGCAGGGGACGCGGCAGCCCCACGGCAGGGGCAGCGGGCGGCGGGGGCGGAGGCGGCGGCAGCUAGCGCCCUGCCCCGCGCCGCCUCCCUCGGAGCGCUCGCCCGGCGGACUCGCAGGCGGCGGACCGGCCCCAGGUGGUGGAGAGUUGGGGAGGAUCCAGAGGACAUACCGUAAUCAUUUCCUCCUUUACCUUCUCCCUGCCAAGGCUGCAGGGAAGGGCCCGGCCUCCGCGAGGAACCCCUGGUGCAGAGACCAGCUCGGAAGUCAGACGUUGCCGGCAAAGGCUGGGCCUCGGCUACAUUUCCAGAACCCUCUCGUCAAGAUGGUAGACACAGAAAGCCCGGUUUGCCCCCUCUCCCCACUCGAGGCUGACGAUCUGGAAAGCCCAUUAUCUGAAGAAUUUCUACAAGAAAUGGAAAACAUCCAAGAGAUUUCUCAGUCCAUCGGCGAGGACGGUUCUGGAAGCUUCAGUUUCGCGGAGUACCAGUAUUUAGGAAGUGGCCCAGGAUCAGACGGAUCUGUUAUUACGGACACCCUCUCACCAGCUUCAAGCCCCUCGUCGGUCACGUACCCAGUGGCGGCCGGUAGUGCUGAUGAACCUUCCAGCAUAGCCUUGAACAUUGAAUGUAGGAUCUGUGGGGACAAAGCUUCAGGCUACCAUUACGGAGUUCAUGCGUGUGAAGGCUGUAAGGGUUUCUUCCGGCGAACCAUUCGGCUGAAGCUGGCCUAUGACAGAUGUGACCGCAGCUGCAAGAUUCAGAAAAAGAACCGGAAUAAGUGCCAGUACUGUCGUUUCCACAAGUGCCUUUCGGUCGGGAUGUCCCAUAACGCAAUUCGCUUUGGACGAAUGCCGAGAUCUGAAAAAGCAAAACUGAAAGCAGAAAUUCUCACCUGCGAACAUGACCCGGAAGAUGCAGAAACAGCAGAUCUGAAGUCCCUCGCCAAGAGAAUUUAUGAGGCCUACCUCAAGAACUUCAACAUGAACAAGGUCAAGGCCCGGGUCAUCCUGGCAGGGAAGGCCAGCAACAACCCGCCCUUUGUCAUACACGACAUGGAGACAUUGUGUAUGGCCGAGAAGACUCUGGUGGCCAAGCUGGUGGCCAACGGUAUCCAGAACAAGGAGGCCGAAGUCCGCAUCUUCCACUGCUGCCAGUGCACGUCUGUGGAGACCGUCACCGAGCUCACCGAGUUUGCCAAGUCCAUCCCUGGCUUUGCCAACUUGGACUUGAACGAUCAGGUCACUUUGCUGAAAUACGGAGUUUAUGAGGCCAUAUUUGCCAUGCUGUCUUCUGUGAUGAAUAAAGAUGGGAUGCUCGUAGCAUAUGGAAAUGGUUUUAUAACUCGUGAAUUCCUGAAGAGCCUAAGGAAACCGUUUUGUGAUAUCAUGGAACCUAAGUUUGACUUUGCGAUGAAGUUCAACGCGCUGGAGCUGGAUGACAGUGAUAUCUCCCUUUUUGUGGCUGCUAUAAUUUGCUGUGGGGAUCGUCCCGGCCUUCUAAACGUGGGACACAUCGAGAAAAUGCAGGAGGGCAUUGUGCACGUGCUCAAACUUCACUUGCAGACCAACCACCCGGACAACAUCUUUCUCUUCCCAAAACUCCUUCAAAAAAUGGCAGACCUCCGGCAGCUCGUCACUGAGCACGCGCAGCUCGUGCAGGUCAUCAAAAAGACCGAGUCUGACGCCGCCCUGCACCCGCUGCUGCAAGAAAUCUACAGGGACAUGUACUGAUGGGUUGAAGGUAAAACACCCAGGCCACGUUGCCAAGGACUUCUGAAGUCGACAGCACUACAGAUGGGGAACGGGAGCAACAUCCGCUAUGCACAAAUUCCACCAUUUUCACCUUAGAGAAUGGGACCGACGAGCCUUAGGUAACCGGAACCCUAGACCACAUUUCUUUCUUUUUCACACCAGUACUUCUGAGAGCGUGCAAAGUAUUGGACUGGUGGGGACAGGUAUCUAUAAGCAGUUUUUCUUAGGAAAUGAAGGGGAAUGAUGCCCAGUGGUUUGAUUUUAACUCACCUGAUGUUAAUCAAUGCAGAUUUCUUGAUAUCACAUGAAUAACGUAGCACUGAAUUAACUGGUGAUCUCGAAAUAUGUGGUCUGUCUUCUCCUUUUGCAACCUUUGGCUGUUGUGCUCCCUUAUCAUUUUUAAACUAAUCAGCACUUUUUAACUUUUAUAAUCCUAUAAAUCUAGAUGAAUCCAAAGGUUAAGUAUUUUUUAAAAAGCAGCAAAAUAUUUAUUGGAAAGACCUUAAUUCUGUUUCCUGAAUUUGAAGACAGACAACAUGCUGUUUCUUAAUCAUAGGAUUUAAAAUUUCAAAGGAUCUUUUGAUAAGCUAUCCAAACGCAGCAGUCAGUUGGUUUUCACUGUGUUCAUGGUUGUGACUUAGGUGGAAGGGCCUGUUGGCAGGCUUGUGUAGACCAUCCCAGAAAGCCGCAUCUCGAGACGGCCCCUGGAAUCGAUUCUCUGCCUGCUUUGAGCUGGCGUCGGGGCAGCAGGAGCAAGACAAACGGGAAGUGUGUCAGCUCUCCGUCCCUCUGACCUGCUCCCUAUCAAAUGGGAACCAACUGAGUCAGGUAGUUUGGGGGCCAUGAUAGCGUUUUGAGGGGCGAACUGACAAGUUGCUUGUCAGUGCUCCUCUGGGCCCCGUGUGUCAGUGCAGCUCCUUGGUCUUUUCCUGUGUUGCUUUCUAAAGUACGCAGCUUUAUUUUUUUUAACUCUUGGUGGCAGUGGCUGCACCCGAGCGUAGAAGGUGAGACAAACAGGACUUUAGAGCAUGGGCCCUGGGGGGACCAUGUGGAGAAGGAGGGGGGCAGACACAGUGUCCUUCAUGGGGCAGUUUUCCGAUUACAUACGGAAGGCAGCUUUCCUGACAUCUGAGAUACUUGUUUCAGCCUAAAGCCCGGUGUGGUUAUGAAAGCAGUGUUCCUCAUGGUUCUCGUCCAGAGCAUGUGGAUCUAGAAAGACUCUCUCUUUUUGUCCACCAUAGUACGUAAGUGUCCUGUGAGGGGAUUUGCAGCUGCCCUGCCCUCCAGGCCAGCCAGGCCUGAGCCUGCCAGAGCUUGAAGUGGAAGCCGGAGAGGAGGGGUGUGGGGGAGCCCCCCCCGCCCCGGCCACCUGCCUCUGACCCCCUGCCUCCUGGCAGCUCUUACGACCUGGUUGUGCCCUUGGCGCCCCUCCCCCUCCGUCUCCAGAAGACUUGUCUCUGUAAGGUCACUCUACUACUUGCUGUCGAGGAAUGAUUAGGAUUGAGAUUGAUCAAGAUCCUAAGGUCAGCAUCCUGGAAAUGCGAAAGGAGCGAGAAUGAUAAAACUGCGAGAUUUCAACUAGAAAAGGCAAAUGUGACAACAGGCACAUCCUUCUCAAAAUUAAACCUUAGUGGUAGUUUUCGUUUUUAUCUUGUUGAGAGGUCCAAUCAAGGGAUCUGUUGGAAGCAAAUAAAAGUAUUUCCACGUAUGAAUGACACCCGUCAAGAGGUCACCCAAAGCCAGAGGGCAUGUCUGUGUGGGCGUUCUUCCUUAAGACAAGGCCCCCUGGGCCGCUGCUGCAUCUGUGUCACCUCCGUCGUCCACUGGCUUUCUUCUCACAUGCCCCACGUGGAUGCCAUUCAGAGACAUGGCCUCAGAAAGGGACCCUCGAGCUCAGGCUUUCACGAAAGUCGCCCAUUCAUGGUUCUGUUUCCAUAAAACUUACUUUUUAAAAAGCUCCUUAUCUCAUGCAUUCUGCUACCGAAGGCAUGGGUUCUGCGUUCCUAGUGUCAGUGAGCUUUUGGCUCUCUUGGGGCCCAGCGAGACGCCCAGAGAUGCUCCCGGUGAGACCACAAAGGAGGCUGCAGAGACUGCGGCUCGAAAGUCACUUAAAUUUGUUCACUGGUACAGAUAGGAAGAAAAUCACAGAUUCUUGUUCGUUUUAAAUAACAGUCACAGAUUGCCAUGCGGAAUGUUCAGCCCACCUAAUGGAAGAUUUCUCAGACCAGAUUUGUCAGAUAUGGGCAAAUUAUUCACCCGUUCAAAAUACUGUCGCAUUUCCAGUAGGGGCUCGUUAAAGCACAUUUAUUGCCUGCUGGGUUUCAGCAGACAUCAGCAUGAAGUGGGGUAGAUCUGACAGAACAGGUUUGAGAGCCUCAGACCAGGGCAAAGAGCCCCUCCUCUGCUGGGGAACUGGGCACGCGAUGCAGCUCCCCAUGCCACCACCUUGACACCCUUAGACAAGUCACCAUCUGUAGCCACAAGUGCCAGAUGCCUCAGAAACCACAAAAUUACCAACACCCUUUGUCUGUAGGCCUGACAAGGACAAUUCCUGAACCCAGCAGCCAGCUCCAGCUUGGGAGCCGGCCUGGCCCUCUCUCCCUAGUCCCACAGUGUCCCUCCCCUUCGUCCUCCUGGGCACUUCCAGCUGGGUAUCCCACACGCAGAAUCCUGCCCCUGCCACGCUGAGGGCUGUGCACACCGGUGGCCAUUUUGGGGAAGCCCAGCAUCUUCAAAAUCAGCAAGCAAGCGAAUGUACCAGCAUGAGCGGGAGGCAGGGACGGUUUGGGAAUCUUCAGAGUGCCAGUGAGCUGCUGCUUUCUUCCCACCUUGCUCUCGAGUUUCCCUGUGGCCUUAUAGCUCUCAGAUGAGAUGCACUCCAGGCAUCUCCCUGAACAGCAGGUGUACAUAUAUCAAAAAGAAUGUGAAGUCCAGGAGAAGAACCUUGGUGCACAGUGCAUUCAGGAAUGCCUACGAGAGCUAUUUUAAAGGGACUCCUCGUUUUGAGAACAAGAAUAUAUCUUUCUGCAUUUUGGAUGCGUUUCUUACACUGGGCCAGCUGAAACUCUAAGGAAACAAACAGCCUCAAGGAUGGUGUGGGGGUUCCAGAGACAGGGCAGCAUCCUAAGAUCAGGACAGAAGCUCAAGCAAGGCACAAGUGGAAUCCUUUGUUUAAUGUGUGAUAAGUAAACUAUUAAUUUAGCCACUACUGUUUCCCCAAAUCUAUAGCAUAACAGCUACCUCAAUACAGUACAUCUAAAGACACAGUUAAAAUUAAGGUACAUGAAACACUCGGGGUCCUUUUGCAGCACCUAUAGUCAGAUCAUUUGUGAGUAAGAUUCCAAAGUUACUCACCUUUGCUUGAUUGCACACUGAGAGGUGGAAGGUCAUGUGACCCCUUAAAGACCCUUUGGUAGUUUAAAGAGUGCCUCCAAGAUACACACGUGCAGAAGCUGCUGCCCCAGUUUGGUGGCCCUGAGGUGGCGCAUGACCUGGGUCAAGAAGUGGGAACAGUGACUGGCCACAGGGACCCGCCCUGCUCCUCGGUUGUAGCUGCUGGCCGCGGCAGCUGGCUCAGGGAGAGACCCUUCCGGACGAGGCUGGAAGCAGAUGCCUCCGGGCCGACUUAACUGGGCAGUGACUGUCCAACGCGCACCUGGGCCUCUGUGCUGCCUCUGGGCACUUCCUGCCUCCUCCUCACUUCUUCAAACCACCAAGCACCUUAGAUACCUUAGAUACCUAUCCACUGCAUACUGAUGGUUGUGGUUUUUUGGUUUUUUGGGUUUUGGUGUGUUUUUUUUUUUUGUCUCUACCCAGUGGCCACACCCGUCUCCGGAAUGUCUGACAGAAGCCGGUUCAGAGAGGGUGCGCCGCUUCAACCAGCCCGCACUGCAGGUGUUCCCGGAGGGGUCACUUGCUUAAAGCCUUUAAGUUCACAGCUGUGGUUCCAUUCAGGACGGCAAGGACAUCCCGCUGUGCAAGUCGCCAGCUACAAUCGGUGCGACCCACGAGAGCUUACUGAUUAUUAACAAGUGUCCGUGGAAGCUUUUUCCCACGUACCGAGUCUUCACAGUGUCGGCCCAGCCCGGCACCGGUGGCUCCAAAGCCAGGCCCCUUGUGCUUGUUCUUCUCCUCUUAAAUGUGGCCCCGCUUCUUGGAACUCUUGGUCCAAGCUGAUUUAUAGGGCUCCCCUGGGAUUAAGGAUUCUUGCCAGGCUCCAAAGGUUGCAGCCUAUGUUUUUUUUGCUGGGAUAUAAAUACAUAUACAUUAUUAUAUAUAUUUAGGUGCCAUUUUAAUAGAAUUCAGGAAAAUGGUCAUUGACCUCCAGCCUGUGACACGCACUGGAGUAAGAACAAAGGCAGUGAACUUUCGUCUGACUCAGGAGAGGGGAUCCAUUAAUUUCUCUGGAAACCACAAUGCAAAUUAGAGGUGAUAUUGAAAGUUUUAGAAGAAGAAAAAAAAGACAAUCUUCAUGUGUCAUUUUAAGGAAUUAGAGUUCCCUCCGUUACGCUGUUUUUGUGCAGUGCAGCUGGGUGUCUUAAUACUUCCGUGGAGUGGGCCGAGGCUUGUAAAGGCUUUGGGGGUGGCCCACGUAUCAGGACAGCAAGUGAGAGGCUGGCGGCCAGGGUUCGGUCUGAGCUGCCCUUGCAGCAUGAGGCCUGGAAUGCCUUCUCAGGUCUGGCGUGGGGUUCUCAGCGGACCAUUUGCUUCUCGACAUUUCAGUCUAGGACAAGGACAAGUGUCACUGUGUACUACCCUACCUCAGGAAAGUGGGGGGGACCAUGUAAUGUGGCCCAGCUGAAAUACAUACAGCCACAUCCUUUUGGAAUUCCUUGCCAAACAGAACAGACUAACCUGCACCCACGUUCAAAGUCACAUCUUGACUGAAGCAAUGGGGAACAUCAAGGACUCCAGUGGCCCACUAGCUGUUCAGUGCAUUAUCUGCCAAAA